CAAAUUUUAGCUAAAUUUGUUGGUUAAAUUUAUCAUUUACAAUUUACCAAAAAUACUUAAAAUAAUCUUACGAAGAAGGAAUUAAAGUUGGUAUUUCGCAAGGAUUUGUAAUUAAUACAGAUCGGAAAUGAACCACUUCGAGAGGCGCCGUGAUCACAUAGAGACUUUGGAGGACCUCUGGAGAAAAGAGUCAAUAUUUUUGGAGGAGAUCUUUCACAAGCGCAAUUCUCUUGAUGUCAAUGACUUAAUGAAGUUUAACCAUUUCGUUUACCUCCAUUGCUCUAGUUUGGUUGGUAAUCCUUCUGUGCGAUCGCAGGACCCCGGGCGACAUCUACACGAAAGCCUCACAGUGUACAUUAACUCUCGGCUACGGCAUAUUUCAAAUGAAUUGGAGACAUUUACGAACGAUGAGGAGUUGGUCACCGUAUACGUUUGUUAUUGGAGGGAGUUUUGGAAAGCAUGUGAAGAACUGGACCGAGCAUGUGGCUACCUCAACCGCAACUGGGUGAAACGGGAGCAGUUCGAGGGCCAUGCCCAUAUCCACGAAGUCUACCGUAUGGCUAUGAUCCGCUGGAAGGAGCUAGUCUUCAGUCCUAUUGACAGUGGCCUGGUCACCGCCAUUACACUGUUGUUGAAGAACAACGUUAGGAGGUCCGUGUUGUACCAGGCCCUUCAAUCCAUUGUGGAGCUCUACGCCAACGAUCACAAUCAACACGUUCCGGUACCAAAAAAAAUAGAAAACGUGUUCACUGCAGAUGUUGUGCGUUUCUACAAGUCGGAGACCCUGUCGGAAUUCCAAACAAUCGUUUACUCCAAAGCUUACAGCGAUUUCAAGCAUUUUCUUAAGUAUGCGUGCUUGGCUAUGCCAGAAAUAGAGAAAGAAGGUGAGUUUAUUAGCUUUCUAAAGGACAACCUGGAUAUGGAGUUGGAGCAAGCUAUAAAAAAAUCAUUGAGUGGCAAAGAGUACAUCCAAGCUUUUAUGAAUAUGCGUCGUGGUCCACUGGAGCGGGCAUUAAGAAAUCACAAGAAACUGCUGGCUGUGAUAGACCAGGUGUGCACUAAGGCAAUAAACGGAACAAACCAGCAAAGGGAUCCGAUCGCAUUGCUUAACAUAUACUGCAACGAACUCAUGAUCAAAAAUAAUCUGUCCGAGAAGGCAAUUAACGAUGAGUUCAAACGAAUCAUCGAGGUGGCGUAUUUCCUAGACGACAAGGAUAAAUUUAUCUAUCAUUAUGGUAGAAUGCUAAGGAUUCGGCAGAUCAAAGAAACAUCUGCCUCAGACGGCAAUGAAACCACCAUGAUUUCACUGAUGAUCGCAAAGUUUGGGUUCGUCGCUACUGAGAGACUAAGGAAACUUUUGGAGGAAAUGGAUAAGUCCAGGGACGUAAGCCAAGACUUCCAAAAUCACUUGAAUAGUAAGGGCAUAAAACUGGGAUUCGAUUUUCGCCUCAAGCUUUUUGAAAACAGAGAACGUACUGACAACUUUAAGCUUACUUUGCCAUGGGAAUUGCAGGGAACUGUGGAGGAGUUUCGUUCAUUUUUUCGAAAGAGUCAUAGCCUCAGAAAAAUUGUAUUCAAUCUUGAAAUCUCCUCAGGAGAGAUACUCUGUAAUUUGGGUCAGUCGACCCUUAUCUUUGAGGUAAGCACUUUGCAAAUGGCGAUUCUGCUAUUGUUCAACCAUCAGGAUAGGUUUACGGUCAACGACUUGGUGGACAGGACCGGCUCAACAAUCGAGGCCGUGCAACCGGUACUGGAUUUAUGGACAAAAAAGAAGCUGCUGAUUACUAAUGGUGAAUUCGUGGAGGUGAACAUGAAUUUUUCAAGUCGCAAGCGAAGACAUAAUUUAAACACGGUUCCGACUAAAUCAAGAAAGGUCGAUAAGAAGGAAGAUGAUUUGGCAGAAAAGCGGAAAUUCCAAACGGAUGCGGCAGUUGUUCGGUUAAUGAAAAAGUAUAAGACUCUUGCGCACUCGCAGCUAAUUGAAUUAGUUAUUGAGGAGCUGAAAAACCUCUUUACUCCAAAGAUAGUGUUCAUUAAAGAUAGAAUUGAUGCUUUACUUGAAAAGGACAAUCCGGAUUUUGAACGUUUUGGGAACAACGAGUACCGAUACGUUUCCUAACUAUAAAUAUAGUUUUUACAAAUAAUAAUAAAU